UGAAGACUUGCAAUCCAAAGUCGUUGAAGCAGAGCAACAGUGGAUGGGCGGCUGGGGGAAGGGAAACCAGCCCAGGCGACGAAUAUUCCUGGACCACGACAACGGGAUGGAUGCUGUAUUGGCUGGUAUGCCUUCCCCACGAAACACCAGAAUGGAAUGUCCCACGCCACCGGACUCUGAAUGCUGGACCCGGCGGACUGGUUCGGGCGUUGCGCUAAGGUCCCUUUCGGCACAGAACCCUGCCGCCCCACGUUCCCUCGUGACAGGGCUGAUUGGUGGUGAAUUACCAUGCCAUCCGCCAUGCUCGUCGUUCCCCGGCCAUCACUCCUCCUUUCGUCUCUGCCCAGUACAGCCAACAUCAUCAACAACAACAACAACCACCUUCCCAUCCAUCCGUAUACCCAUCCAUUCAGACUUCAGACGCACGCCGUAUACUCCCACCCCUAUCCCGCUUCCCGGGGCAUCCUCCAGCUGUCCCGCUAUGCACCGUCGCUGCAUCUCUCCGUUCACCGCAAAUCGAAGCGUUGUUCCCGUGAUGCAUCUCACAAUGCAACCUGCCAGCAUGUGUUUCAGCCACUGUCGGUCCGACGCAGGCCUCUCCUCCCCUUUGCGAUGCCUUGGCCUAAUCGAGACACCGUUACCCCCGAGAUUGAUUGCCUUCGCAGCCGCCCUCGACACGUCUUGA